AUGGCGCAUAGUAACACGUUUCCACAUAGUAUGAAUAGUAGUCGUCGUUCAUCAACAAUUAUACCCAUAGAGAACCAACUAGCACAGGAGAGUUACGAGUAUGAAUUCAUGAGACUAAUGGAAGAAGAACGUCAAUUGCUUGCUGCUCAUCGACUUUCGCGUAGGGAAAGUGUUGUAGGUAAGCCAAAUCCGUACCAGCCUUUAACACAUCCGCAACAGCAAGUGCCACUGCAACAACAAUUUUCGCACUUACAACUACAACCGCAGCUACAUGGUCAGCAGCCACCGUUACAACUGCAGCAACAACCAUCAUCAUUACAACUGUCACAGCAGCAAUCAUCUAUACAGAUUCCUGUACAACAACAAUCGUCGAUACAACUGCCUCUACAACAACAACCACAACCACCUCUACAAAUUCCGACACAGCAACAAUCGCCGAUACAGCUCUCCUUACAACAGCAACCAUCGAUUCAAUUACCCUUACAGCAACACUCGUCAAUACAAGUCCAACAGCAUCCAUCGAUACAAUUGUCGCAACAGCCAUCCUCGCUCCAAUUACAACAACAACAACAGCCUCAGCCACACCUUCAGCAACAACAACAUCCAUCGAUACAAUUGUCGCAACAGCAAUCCUCGCUCCAAUUACAACAACAACAACAACAACAACAGCCUCAGCCACACCUUCAGCAACAGCAACAUCCAUCGAUACAACUACCACCACAGCAUUCGUCCUUACAGCAACAACAACCACAACAGUUACAACAGCAACGUCAGCAGCAACAAUACUAUCCAUCCAGUGAUGAUAGAUAUACAAAUACUCAGGCACAAGCAAGUGCUACACUCCCUCGACGCGUCUUACCAUUUUUAAAACCACUUCGAAUCGUUAUUAUUCGUCAUGCUGAACGUGCUGAUGCUGUUCUAGGAUCUGAUUGGUCAAAGAAAAGUUUCGACCGAAGUGGACGUUAUAUACGAUUCAGCGAACAUCUACCUGAUGCAUUACCGACGCGUUCGUAUCUACACCAUUAUGUAAUUGACGUACCAUUAACCAAUCGUGGGCGUAUGCACGCCUACAAAACGGGUAAAGCACUACAGUUCAAUGGAUAUGCAGCUGAUAUCUGUUAUACAAGUCCAUCCCUACGAUGUGUUCAAAGUGCUGACGGUAUUCUAAAUGGUAUGGAUCGGAAAACUGUUCCUAUGCAGUUGGAACCAGGAUUGUUCGAAUGUUAUCUCAAUGAUUUCAAACGUACAUUAUGCUUCAUGACCAAAGAUGAAUUAGCUGCAAACAAUUAUAACAUCGAUAAAUCUUAUCAAUCAUUGAUGCCAUUCAUGCGUCCACAUGACAGUCAACUUGAUUAUUAUGAACGUUGUCGAGUUAUAAUGGAUGUUAUUACCGAACGGCAUAUGAAUACUGGUGGAACAAUUUUAAUCGUUGCACAUGCACCGAGUCUUGAAGGUCUUACAAGACAUCUGUCCGGAGGCAAACUUCAGCCAGAAAAAUUAUUCGACAUUGCUCGUCGUGUUCCAUUUUUGGCAAUGACUAUCGUUGAGAAGAGCCAUAUAAAUAGUCCUUGGCUUUUUCGAACUCAGCCUCUACAAACUGGUUCACCUCAAUCGAUACCUGAUAAUUCUCACGAAAUAACUCAGACAUCUGCACAAUUACCUCCCAGUGGCGUUCAACAAUCAUUAAGUCAACAAAAACAACAGCAACAACAACAACAACAAAAACUAUCCUCACAACAAUUUCAUCCAGGACAUUUCCAUCUCGAACAACAAAGCGCACGGCAAAAUGGCCGACCUCGAAUAACGAGCUCGUCGAUUCCAAUCGAUCCAAAAAAAGUCGUGAAAAGCUCGACAGCGCCCAAUCUUCCAACAAACGGUACAAAACAUCAAUAA